AUGAGCUCGGCUGGAGGCAAUACCCGUAUCAGUGACCACAGGGGUCACAGGCACUCCCGCACUGCCAGAAACCGGGCCGAUGCCGAGUCGGCCGCCCACUUCGACCCGCACUGCAGCGAGGACUUUGAUGAUUUAAGCCUGCUGCCGCUAUGCACGCAGAUUUCGUACACGCGGUUCGAUGACCCGUCCUCGUCAGAGACGUCUAUCAGCGCGGAUCGCGGGUCGGACUUUCCACACGCCCCUGGCGCCGCAGCAUCUCUCACCUCUUUCAACACGAACAAAAACCAACUGCAGCAGCCGCUGCAGAUGUUGCCAACGCUGUCGUUUCAAAAGGCGCACAGUGCCAGUGCCGGCGCAGUCGAUACCUCGCCAGCGGACCGUGUCGAUGACCCCGAAGACCGCCGCCAGCGCAACGAACAGCCAGAGCGUUUGCAGGAGGACUGUCAAGCUAACGGAAACGCUCGCUUGCUGCCGUGGUUAACGAUGAGCUACCCUCCCAGCAGUGCCGGGAGUCACAACGUUGCACGCGCACCCGCUUUAUCGUCUGUGACAGCCUCGUGCUUUGACGUCGGUCCCAACGGCGUCAGCGGAGCCUAUUCCGAUUUUAUGGGGUGUGUUUCCGGGGCUUCGGGGUGUGGUGACGGCGCCUCGGCAGCGGCAGUGGCAUGGCCCGACAGCGGUGGCGGGGGAAGUGUGAGCACGCUGCGGCAGGGGGAGCAUCGCAGCAGCAAUCUGGGAACUGCGAACACUGGUGGUGACCGUGGCGGCAACGGCGAGAUCGCGGAUGGGAAUGAGCACGCCAUGCUGCAGCCGCAACUUUUGCAGAUGCUCCUCCAGCAGCAGCUGCAGCCGCACCAGCCACAGGGCACUGCCCCACCAAAUAGCUUCAUACCCUCCAGCUCUCCGAGGGCGAACGCACUGGGAGGGCUGGAGGAGUCGUGUACCGCUGGGAGUGCUACGACGAUGCCCGCCAUCAGUGCCUGCCUGAUGCAGCUGAUGAGCGGAAACGGAGGCAACGAGGCUGGGCAGACGACUCCUCAUGCUCCACUGCAGCAGCUAUUCGUUCUUAACCCACUGCCACCACCUUCGCCGUCUACUGAGCCGGCGCCACGAGCGCCCCAGGGCAACAACAUCAUCGACUCAGAUAGUGUACCGACAGCAACGUCGCUCGGCACCCCUGGCGCCGGCACCGUUUACGACGAAGCCCAGAUACGAGGCAAUACAGCGACCAAGUCUUUAGCGAGUACAAGGGCCAGAGGCAACGGCAGCAACAACCCAGCGGCAUCGUUGUCCGGAUCACUGGGGCAGACGAGCCUUUACCCCUACCACUUUGUCUCACGGCCACCCCCGCCAGCGUCUAGGAAGGGUUCGGAUAGCGGAGCACAUAUAAACACGCUUGCCCCGGCAGUUUUGCUGCCUGCAAUGAAUCCGCUGCACCACGCCUUUUCUCCACCGUCUCCCUCUGGCGCGGCGACUCUGCCGAUGCUGUCGGCGGGCAUGUACUCUCUUUUCACAGGUGCUGUGCCGUACUGUCAGCCUGGCCUCCCUCCGCCACCACCGCCGACGGCUGCGCAGUCACAGCCUCCUCUUAAGCCAACGAGCCGUGCCGGCAAUCGGCAUGGAGGCCGAGGACACGGUACAGCGCCGGCCACCGGGAACCAUAACACCUCCGCUGGCGGCAACAACCGCAACGGUAGCCGGCGCCAGCAGGUAGACGACGACGGCCAUGCGAACAGUGGGAAAGGUGCUGCCGCUCACACCGCGGGCGACGCACACACCGAGCCCAAGAAUGGCGCAAACUUCGUCGUUGGUGCAUGGUACGAGGGCGUCGUCAAGCGCUACAAUCCGCUACGCGGCUUUGGGUUCUUGACUUGCACGCACCAGCUGCGCUUCGACCCCCACGCCUGCGAGCGUGCCUGCACUCGCCACGCGGAUGCGGUGCCCGAGAAACAGCAGCAGCGCGAGCUGGAGAAAGCUGCGGCUGCCGCCACGACCAGCACGCGUGCAACGUUGCAGUCCGUCAGCGAGGAUGAACCAGAGCAAGGCGAGCAGCAGCUGCAGUCGCUCUCGAACAGGAGCGUGUCGCACGCAGACGACACAAGCGCCGCGCUACUUUUGACUUCGAUGGACUCCGUCAAGAAGGGCGACAUCUGCUUACCGCACAAGUCGGUGGCCGCCGAAGCCCACCGCGAGAGCGACAACGACGCAGCAGCGCCUGCUGCAACGACAGACACAAAUGACGCGGAGGUCGCUGAGGCUUCUGAUCCCACUCUCUCGUCCGCGACGGCGACGAAGUCGACUGGGAAGGCUCACGGCACCGUUGUAUACAGCACGAUGCAGUGGUACUUCCACAUAGUGGACGCGGCGGGUAAGCGAGCCUCUGCUGAGGAUGAUGCCGCUGCAUGGGAAGCCGAAGACGACGCCGAUGAAGGCAGACAUGACUAUCGUGCGCCGUUCGAGGAUUUUGGCAAGCUUGAGCGCGAGCCAGCACAGCUGGGCGACAUCUUCGUGCAUCACUCCUGUAUUUCCAUGGAUGGCUUCCGUGUCUUUGUGCAGGGCACAACGGUACGCUUCAGUGUGUCUGUGUUGAUGGACACGGUGCAGGCGGUCGACGUCAUCCCACUCGGCCCCGAGUGGGAGAAGCCGCUGUCGCCGGAAGCGCUCGCACAGCCGUCCCUGUACAAGGUUACUCCUACCGCCGCCACUGUGCUUCGCUACCACCACCUGGCGGAGCAGCGCGGCGACGACACAGGCAAAAAGUGUGGCGGCGUGCCGCAGAGUCGCGUGGGCGGGGUCUCUGUGCAGUGGACCGACAUGGCUGUUAUUCCCUCAGCGGCCAUUCCGAACUCUGUCGAGGGUCAGAGUGAGCUUGUCAUCGUGUGUGUGCCGCCGAAGACGGGGCCGAUUCCAUCCCAGACAACUGUGGCAUCGACGAGGAGUGGGGCGACAACCGACCGAGCAGCGGUGCGCAGCGCCCCGGCCACCACCACCGCUACCAAGGGUGGUGUCGACAUCUCGCAGAGCACAAGCGCAACGGAGAACGGGAGCGCAAUGCCCAAUACUGUUGCGGCAACUGGCGCUCAGGUGAGCGAUGCCAGCACCAAGGAGCCGAUGUGUACAGGCGCCAAGGAAGCCCUACGCGGCGGCCCACAGUUGCUAGAUGUGGUCCAUCCAGGCAGCAUCACCGCCACAUUUCUGGCCAUGGAUAGAGAGGAUCAGAGGGCGUUGCAGGGCAAACCAGGCGCACCCGCGAUCACACCGGCCACGCCAGCGCCGGCAAAAAAGUGUGACAUCUUCGACGAGACGACGAUGAAGGCGACGGAGCCAAGCGUGCCGGCCGCAGAGGAGGUGGAAAGUCUGGGAAACGGCACAUCCCUGAAGAAUGCGUUCAACAAUCACCUGGACACGGACCCAAGCGCCUUCUCUGGCGGCGGGCUGACGAGCAGCAAGAACGAUGUGACGAGCGGCCACGGCAACACUGGUGGCACCGUCACGCAGACGAGUGGGUGUCACUCACGCAACGUGACAACGACGUCUGCGACUGCGACAAACCCGGCGCAGAGCAGUGCCCACAACACCGGCAGCCACAGUCAGGCGCUGCAAAACAGCAUCGAUGAUCGGAAGGACAGCUGCGGCCGAGCGAGUGGCCCGAUACUGACCGACUUCUUUGGCGACUGCAAGGACCUUGGCUUGUCUGGCGACAUGGAUGAACCCUCAAUCUCUUCCUUUAGCGGCUGUGGAGCCGGUCGCAAGGCUGACAAGGACCACUGUCACGGCAACGAAAGGCCAGCAGCAGGGGCAGCGGCAGCAGUGACCGGUGGCAGCAAUGUGCCAGUUUUGGCACAUUCAAAUACGGCUGCUCGCAAAGGCUAUGAAGGCCACCGCAACCGUGAACUAAGCAUUGGCAGCGCUGCCGCUAUAGCACAGGCAGCUGCACCUUUGCUGGUCAACGGUGACUUCUCUGACUCCCGCUCGCGUGACGACGCGGAGUUAUCUGAGGUGCCUGUGCGCUCGAACAGCGGCGGUGGCAGCGAUGAGGAUGAAAAGGAUUCGAACGCGACGACGACGCCCUCGGGCAACACGAUCCCAGACUCGAACCCCGGUCCAGCACCUGACUGGACGGAGGUGUUCAACCUCAAGAUAGCGAACGAGAGUGUGAAGGAUAUUAUGAUGCACAAGACAGACUUCAAAUUGAUUCCUCACCACAGCGCGAAAAUCACCGCAGCGGCAGCGACACCGAGCCAGAUGAGCGGUGGCGGUGCCAGCCUCGGUGCCGCUGCGCUUGUGCCGAAGGUGGUGCCUCUUUCCGCCGUUGGUGAGCUCGAUAGCAACUCUUUGCGCGGCAUGGAGGAAGAUGAGGGUGUUGCGGAGGCCAGUGGCUCACGGAGCGCAACGGGCAACCACAGCAAUCGCGGAGAUCCAGUCGGUCGUGAGGCGAACCCUUUGUUGUCACAGCCGCCGAUGCAUGACGGCAAUAGUGGUCAGACCGGCACAACGCACCUGACACAGGAUGAGAGCAACGGUAAUGGCGAUAGUGCUCGCCCGCGAACCGGCGCGUACAAGAAGAGAAGCAGUGCCGACGGCCAGCAAAUGCUGCUAAAGGACAACGCUGUGCCUGCACUCGUGAUGGUGGAAGUGGCCAGCCUACCCCCAAAGCUGGCAGCGCAGGUGCCACGUGGUGUCACCAUCAUCGCGCUGCCAUGCGACACAGUGAAAGAACUCAAGAUCAAGGCCGUCUCCGUCCCGCGAGGUGCGAGCAGUGAUCCCGCAUCUCCCUGCCUCGCAGAGGUGCCGUCUGCCAUACCCGUGGCCGGGGAGCCUCCGACGUCUGGCAGUAACGCACAUCUGCCUUUUCAUGGUUCGGUGCAAACAGCUGAAGGACGGCAAGUCCCUUUCUCAUCGGCUGCACGUAGAGCGGGUGGUAAUGUGCCGGCGCAUGGCCACACGAAGAACACCGACAGCGAAUUCUACCACAACCUUGUGGCUACCUUCGACAAGAAGACUUCGAUCAGCACUGCGCCCCCGGUGCACGGUAGAAAAUGCUGCGACUCAUGCAGCCCAGCGAAUGGCCGCAAUGUGUUUCCGUUUACCCUGGUGCCGCCGGAGAGUCAGCAGGUCUCGCAGCCCUUGUCGAGAACAUCGAUGGAGAGAAAGUCGGACUCAAAGCUGAACAAGAGCAGCAGGCGCAGUAUCAACACCUUCAAGACGCUCUCUCACCCGGUGCCGAUGCCGCAGAGCCUCGUCAGCGACCUGUCUUCGCCGUGGAUUCAGGACAACGCAGCGCCGUCGCAGUCGCUUCCAUAUCCCAAGCCGCAGCAGCGGUCGCCGCUGCAACAGCAGAUCCAGCGCAGCACCCCCUCUGGAGGCCAACGGACCUCUAUCCGUGUCACCCUCGGUCAUGCAGGCAAUACCACUCUUUCCCAGCAGCAGCAUGAGGCUUCGAAUCUCGUCUUCAUGUUUUUUAACAACACGGCUGUCCUGCAGGCGGCGACUGGGUUGCGUGCUGCACCGGAGAGCAGAGGCCUCUACCCGAACCCAUGUAUAGGCGCCGGGGUCGGCAUGGGUACUGGCCAGCAGCCGUUCAUGUGGGCCCCUAGCCCUGCUCUGGCGCCUGCCCAGUCGCUCUUUGCACCUUCACCGCCUCCCAUCUCUUCAUCUGUGCAAGCUGCACCGAACGGGGCAGCCAUGUCGGCCUCACCGCAGGCUUCAUCUCAGUGGCACCCCUCCCCGCGAAACUGGCGGUCCUCGUAG